CCGCUGCCUCUGGCUGUGUUGUUGUUCCUGGAAGGAGCCCGCUGAGGCCCUCCCGCCCGACUGGUCUGCCGUCCCCUGAGUCCGAUGGACCAGUCAUCUCCAACCUAUAUGAUUGCUAAUCUAAUUCCCCUGCAUUCAGAGCAACUCCUGCAAGGCCUGAACUUACUCCGCCAGCACCAUGAACUUUGUGAUGUCAUCCUUCGGGUUGGAGAUGUCAAGAUCCAUGCCCAUAAAGUUGUGCUUGCUAGUAUCAGUCCAUAUUUCAAAGCCAUGUUUAGUGGCAAUCUCUCUGAAAAAGAAAACUCUGAAGUAGAAUUCCAAUGCAUUGCAGAAGCAGCUCUGCAGGCCAUAGUGGAAUAUGCCUAUACUGGGACUGUAUUCAUAUCACAGGACACCGUGGAAUCACUUCUCCCCGCUGCCAAUCUCUUGCAAAUCAAGCUUGUGCUGAAAGAAUGUUGUACCUUUUUAGAAAACCAGCUGGAUCCUGGCAAUUGUCUUGGUAUCUCCCGUUUUGCAGAGACUUAUGGCUGCCAUGAUCUGUACUCGGCUGCCAAUAAAUAUAUUUGUCAGAACUUUGAAGAUGUUUGUCAGACAGAAGAGUUCUUUGAACUUACCCAUUCUGAGCUGGAAGAAAUUGUUUCCAAUGACUGCUUGAAUGUGGUUACGGAGGAAAUGGUUUUUUAUGCGCUGGAAUCUUGGAUCAAAUAUGAUGUGCAGGUGCGUCAGAAAUUUCUGGCGCAGCUACUUCACUGUGUACGACUGCCUCUGUUGAGUGUUAAAUUUCUCACGAGACUUUAUGAAGCCAAUCAUCUCAUUCGUGAUGACCAUACCUGUAAACACCUGUUGAAUGAAGCCUUGAAGUACCAUUUCAUGCCUGAACACAGACUUUCAUAUCAAACUAUACUAACUACACGUCUUCGCUGCCCUCCUAAAGUGCUCUGUGCAGUGGGAGGAAAAGCUGGACUCUUUGCUUGUUUGGAAAGUGUUGAGAUGUAUUUUCCUAAGAAUGACUCUUGGAUAGGCUUAGCACCUCUGAGUGUUCCUCGCUAUGAAUUUGGAAUCUGUGCCCUUGAUCAGAAAAUCUAUGUAAUUGGAGGAAUUGCAACCCACAUGUGUCAAGGCAUCAACUAUCGGAAGCAUGAAAGCUCUGUGGAAUGCUGGGACCCUGAUACAAAUACUUGGACAUCGAUUGAGAGUAUGAACAAGAGCCGAAGUACACUGGGCGUAACAGUUUUGUCACGAGAAAUCUAUGCCUUGGGAGGUUAUGAUGGACAGUCCUACCUGCAAUCCGUGGAGAAAUAUAUUCCAAAAGUGAAGGAGUGGCAACCUGUUGCACCAAUGAACAAAACCCGGAGUUGCUUUGCUGCAGCUGUUUUAGAUGGAAUGAUUUAUGCCAUUGGGGGCUAUGGUCCGGCUCAUAUGAACAGUGUGGAACGUUAUGAUCCCAACAAGGACUCCUGGGAAUCAGUUGCACCCAUGGCAGACAAGAGAAUAAACUUCGGUGUUGGGGUUAUGUUGGGCUUCAUUUUUGUAGUUGGAGGGCACAAUGGUGUUUCUCAUUUGUCCAGCAUUGAACGAUAUGAUCCACACCAAAAGCAAUGGACUGUUUGUCAUCCGAUGAAGGAACCCCGAACUGGAGUUGGUGCAGCUGUAAUUGAUACAUAUCUGUAUGUAGUUGGUGGACAUUCAGGGUCGUCUUAUCUUAAUACCGUACAGAAAUAUGACCCUAUAUCUGAUAACUGGCUGGACACUGCUGGUAUGAUGUACUGCCGUUGUAAUUUUGGCUUGACUGCACUUUGAAGAAUAUGUUUGAGGAUGCAAGUAGCACUGAAGAUGCCCGACCUGUACAAAGCAGAAGCUGUAUUUCUUCAAGAUGGGAGAAAGGAGGAAUGACUUAAUUGUAAUGCAAACAGGUGAACCCCAAAUGAGAAUUGGAUAUUGCUGAUAGGAAAGAAAAGGAAGGAGGGAAUAUGGAACUGUCUUUUUAACGGGAUCCAAAUUGCACACUGUUAUUGAUCUGAAAUAAUUUACCUUGAUAAAAGAAGCACUGUGUUGCCUGCAAUAGGCAAAAAAACCUCCCAAACUCAGAGCUUUGAUCUUUAUCUUCCUGUGACUGGAAUUGCUAAAGGGGUGGGAUUAUUUUACUGUGUUGCACAAUCUUUCUAGAUGUCUGUCUCCAUAUUUACAUAGAGACCAUGAUUGCUUCACUUUUUUUUAUGAACAGUUAAAGGGCUGCCUUUUCCCUCCACACAUUACACAGGUUUUGUAAAUAUCUGAUACUGUAAUUUGUUUAUCUGCACUUAAUACGCCUCCUUUCGAAGUGGAGAGAUAAUUUACUGGAGGAUAAGAAUGGAUAGCUAUUUUCAGCGCAAUGCAUUUAAAGUUUUAUUUUUAUUCUUCUACUAUGUACCGAUCUAUCUGUACAUCUAAAAGGUAACCAUUCUUGCCCUUUAUCUGAAGGCCUACAGCUUUUAAGCUGGUUAGGGAAAGCCCAUGUGGCUUGGAUUUUAUUAAAAUAAUGUGUAAUGAUAUGCCAGCACCUAUGUAAAUGUUCCAGAAAGAAAUAUCUUCCACCUCUGUGCAUACAUUUAUGGCAUGUAGCCAAUGAGUGACUACAAAGAAUGUACAACCAAAUUUUCAGUGUGUACUGACCUUGACAUGGUGCUAAACAAUUAGAUUGCUGAGAUUGGUAGAAAUGUUAAGAGGGAUUGAUUGAAUAUGAACAGGAUUGAAUUCAAGGCAAUUUUUUGACUUUUUUGUCAUUGGUGAUCUGGAAGAUAUAUAAUGAUAGCUACUAAAUUGAAAUAUAACUCUAUUUUUCUUUUCUAUUCCUGUGAGAUUAUCAAGCUUUUCUUAUGCUAAUAUUUCUUAGAUGAGCAUGUUUGGUGAACAGAAGAAGCCUGAACAGAUUAGAGAAUGAAGGGAGUAUUGAUUUCCUUAGAAAUAGUUCUCCUUUAAAAAUGAAUUAGAUAACAAUACUGGAUAUUUAUCUCUGCAUUCUUAGCAGCUCCCCCAAACAUUGCUUUGAGAUAUCCUAGAACUCAGCAGAACUUUUUAGUAAUGAUUGGAUUGUUCUGUAAUAGGACAAUUCCUCUAAUAAAUUGAACUUUGGUCAUCCAUAGAUCACCCUGAAACUCACUGUUAAGGCUCUAAGAGAACAAAGCAUGACCCUAUUUUUUAAUAUUAUUUAAUAAUGAUAACUGAAACUGUUUCUGCAGUUUUCUCUUUCAGGUACUUUUCAAUGUAUAUUUCUGUUUUGUUGAAAGAGUUGUACUUCAUUCUUGUCUGCCUUUUCUCCCUUUGAAAGUACAUUUCUCCUCAUCUCCCUUUAGCAUGAUUUUUGGUAGUGUUCACAAACAUGCAAUAAUAAGAUGUUUGGCUAACUUGUAUUUCGAGCCUUUUACUUCUGUCUACACGAAAGGGGAGAUUAUGGACUAAUAACUUGUGCUCUGUAAUAAGAAUGGCAGCUAAUCAAGCUGCAAAAGCUCUUCUUCUUCCAUGAGCUAAUCAAUGUUCUAAUUAAAACCAGAAGAGCACACUUCUUAAACUACUUAACAUCAUUUUUCUACCAACACUUGAAGAUGUUAUCAAAUCCUAAAACUCUUGUUUAGGUGUUUGUGGAGUUAAGCAGAAUUUUGAAGCAACUAACCAUGAAACAAAGCAAUUUGUAAUAUGCUAGUUGAUAUCUGUUAUGCAGCAAUAAUAUCAUAAUGCAACAUGUACAUUGAUUUUUUUUUAAUGCAUGGAAUUGUGUGCUUAGGACAUUCUCAUUCAUUUCAGUGAAACUCGUUUGAGAGAUCUGGAUUCUGAAGAAAGCAAUCAUAUGUGACAGAAGUAAUUGCUUGUUGUGAAUCAACGGCUAUUCAGUUUGCAUUCACAAAAAAAGCAUAUAUAUAUAUUUGUCUUAGGUCUUUCUUCAAGCUGCCUUUGAAUUUAGAAAAAAUAUAUUGAUGCUUGGUACUUGUUUGAGAAGUUGCUCACAUAGUGAAAAAUCUGGGAAUCUGACAGAACAGCUCUAAACAAGGAGAGAGAGAAAAGGGAUCACGAAGUGGAAAAUGCUUUUAAAAAAUCCCAUUGUAACUGAAGGACUUAAGAAGAGUUCAUCUGAUUAUCUGCCUUGUUCGUGCAUGUUUUGCAAAGCAUCCACUCAAACUGCUUUGACUGGCAGAUCUGAACAUCAGAGUUAAGGACAUGUUUUGCUUCUGUUUUAAAAAAGGAGUGCAGACCGUGACAUUUGAUACUCUUCAGUACCCCUUUUGGGUGAUGGCAUGUACCCAGUAAGAAGUCAAUCACUCUAAAUAUAGCACUUUUUGAGUUAUUAGUAAUCUCCAGGCAGUUUGAAGGUAGCCGUCAUUGUGCAGUUCAGCUAAGGACAUUGUUGAUUUAGUUGAGUCUGAUAUUUGUCCAUAAGGAGAUUUGAUUGAUUGCUUUAAUUGUGUAGAGCAUCUGUAUUAACAAUGACUUAAGGCACAAAUAGCUAUUUUAGUCACAAUUAGAUUAAUUCACUAGUGCAGUAGAUACUAUCUCUGUAGCAAGUACAGGGAAUAAUACUAUAUUUAAAUAAACUCAUCAUAGUCACUUCUCUUUCACCAUUCACUGAACUGCUCAAGUAUAGAUAAAUUGGACAACCAAUUUUAAAAUUUGUAGGCUGCAAUAAGCUGCUUAUAGCUCAGCAUUACAGAGAAAGCCUUUCCUAAAAUAGUACUUACCUUAACAUCUAAUUCCACAAAACCAUUCAAGUGACUUACUUAAUGAUUAAGCAAAAGCACUUUAACAUUUCCUGGCUGUUUAUUUUUAGAUUUUUUUUCUUUGGUUUGGAAGAAAAAUAAUCCACAGCUUUGUACAUAGGUAAUAUAGGGUAGCAUUAUAUAAGUACGGUAAUCCUCAACCUCACGACCAUGAUUGGGAUGGAAUUUCCAUCACUAAGUGAGGCUGUUGCUGACUGAGGUAUGCCCAAUUUUAUGAUCUCUUUUUGCUGUGGCCA